UGGAAAUUUGGAUCGUCAGAGGAACGAAGAGCACCAGAAAUGGGAAAUAUGUUGGACAGAGAUUCCUUCUGCCAUCAGAUGUCUUUCUGCUUGACUGAACUGCACCUGUGGUCUUUGAAGAAUACCUUACGCAUUGGGGAUAGAGACAUUGGGAUCUACCAGUAUUACGACAAGAAAGAGUCACCAGCAACAGAGCAUGGUAACUUAGAAGAAAAGCAGAAAUUGGCAGAAUCCCGAGAUUUUCCAUGGACACUCAAAAACAGACGCCCAGAAAAACUUCGAGACUCACUUAAGGAGCUGGAGGAGCUGAUGCAAAACAGUCAGUGUGUGCUGAGCAAAUGGAAGAACAAAUAUGUCUGUCAGCUUCUUUUUGGUUCAGGUGUGCUGGUGUCCCUAAGCCUUUCCGGGCCACAGCUGGAGAAAGUGGUGAUUGACAGAAGCCUGGUGGGGAAGCUCAUCUCAGACACCAUCAGUGAUGCUCUUCUCACAGACAGCUUUAUCCUCUUAUCAUUUUUGGCACAAAACAAACUAUGUUUUAUUCAGUUUACCAAGAAGAUGGGUUCUCCUGAUAUAAACAAAAGACCAGAAAAACUCUCAGCCUUGGAUUAUAAGAUUUCCUAUUAUGAAAUCCCUGGCCCAGUAAACAGGACAACACAGCGUCGUCUAGCUAUCAAUUGUUUUCAAGAUAUAGUUGUUUGCUGGUGGCCACUGGUCAGUGAUGAUGUUUGGCCUUGGGCUCCCAUUUCUUCUGAGAAGGACAGAGCCAAUCUGCUGCUCCUGAGUUACGCUCAAGGAAGACUGGAGGUUCUGAGUUCUGUACGCACGGAAUGGGAUCCACUAGAUGUUUGCUUUGGCACCAAACAGCCUUAUCAGGUAUUGACAGUGGAGUGCUCCGUCAGUGUAGACAAAGAGCCCAUGGCUGACAGCUGCAUCUAUGAAUGUGUUCGAAACAAAAUCCAGUGUGUAUCAGUCACCAGAAUACCACUAAGAUCGAAGGCCAUUAGCUGUUGCAGGAAUGUUACUGAAGACAAACUGAUUCUGGGCUGUGAAGAUUCUUCAGUAAUUCUUUAUGAAACUCACCGUAGAGUGACUCUCUUAGCUCAGGCUGAACUUCUGCCUUCAUUAAUAAGCUGCCACCCAAGUGGUGCCAUUCUGCUAGUUGGCAGUAACCAAGGGGAGCUGCAAAUUUUUGAUAUGGCUCUUUGUCCUAUUAACAUCCAGCUUUUGGCUGAAGACCGCUCACCUAGGGAGACUCUGCAAUUCAAAAAAUUCUUUGAUGUUUCUAGCAGUCUUGUUCAAAUGCAGUGGAUAGCUCCUCAGGUUGUUUCUAAGAAGCCUGAAAGUGGGGACAUCUAUGAUCUCCUCUUCCUCAGGUUUGACAGAGGACCUUUGGGUGUACUUCUGUUUAAACUUGGUAUCUUCACACAAGGACAGCUGGGCCUGGUAGACAUCAUCUUCCAGUACAUUCACUGUGAUGAGAUCUGUGAGGCAAUAAACAUCCUGAGCAGUAUGAACUGGGAUACUCUGGGUUACCAGUGCUUUAUCAGCAUGAGUGCCAUCGUAAACCAUCUUCUUAGACAAAAGCUCACUCCAGAGAGAGAAGCACAGCUUGAAGCAAGCCUUGGAACCUUCUAUGCUCCAACAAGACCACUCCUGGAUUCAACUAUAUUGGAAUACAGAAACCAAAUCAGCAAAUAUGCAAGGAGAUUCUUCCACCACUUGCUCAGGUACCAGAGAUUUGAAAAGGCAUUUCUGUUAGCUGUUGACAUUGGUGCUCGUGACCUGUUUAUGGACAUCCAUUACCUUGCACUAGAUAAGGGUGAACUGGCACUAGCUGAAGUGGCAAGAAAGAGAGCUAGCGACACUGAUGCAGAAUCAAUAACCUCUGGAGUUGAACUCCUGGGGCCUUUGAACAGAGGGGAUAUGCUAAAUGAAGCUUUUGUUGGCCUAUCUUUAGCCCCUCAAGGAGAAGACACAUUUGCAGAUAACCUCCCUCCCUUUUGUUCAAUCUACAGACAUAUCAUUCAACAAAGAACACUGAAUGUCUCUACUGACAGACCUAUACAAAAU